AUGAUUGUGUUCUCGGUCCUGCGCCUAAGUGACACCCCUGGCCUGGGCCCUGUGUCGAGUGUCACCUACCACCUUGAGGACAACGGGAUCCUCUCUGUGGUGGGAGAGCGGGUCCUCAAGCUCCUUAAGCUCAACGACAAGCUCCUCAAGACGUGGGGGUACCAGGGGGGGCACAACCACAACUGCCAGUGUCAGGUGUGGGCGGACCAGCACACGCUCCUCGUCGGCACGGACGUCGCCUCGGUCCUGCUGCUGGAGGAGGGAGAGCUGAGGGCGGAGAUUCGGGUCACGCAUUCAGAUCUCGGGCCAGAAUGCGACAAAAAGACAUCGGGAGAAGGCGUGGCAGCUCUCGGGGGGCGUGGCCUAGGACCCCGCCACCGCCGCGUCACCGCCCUCAAAGUGUUCGUGGGGGGGUUUCUGUGUGCUUGCGGCCCCGAUAAGGUGUUCGUCUUUCAGAAGAGUGAUGACGUCAAUGAGCACUAUUUCCAGGUGGCCCGUAACCAGAGCCCUAAUAUUCCAUCGCAGCGCUACAUGCUCAGAAUAUGCGAGCCUUCCCCGGCGGCCCUCGUCAGCGGGCGCGGAGAACACACCAUCACGACCCUCUCUCUCUCUCCCGGCGAGAAGAACAUCGUCGCAGCCACACACACGCGUCAGCUGUUCACCAACCCUCUGCCUUCUCUCGAGGCGGCUAAGCUUCCGAGCCUCAUGUUCUCCCCCCUCCAUGCCCGCCACCACGAAGGCGGGGUCGUGGACGCCGACGGGUGCCUGUGGAAGACCAUCGUCGUGAGCGGGGGCCAGGACCGCACCGUCAGGGUGUGGGACUACCAGGAGCACUCUCUCCUCCUCACGCACGCCUUCAGGGAGGAUAUAUUCUCCCUUUCGCUCCAUCCUACUGGCCUCCACGUCGCAGUGGGCCUCACCGACGCCCUGAGACUCCACCACGUACUCUUCGACUGCCUCCGCCCGUACUCCGAGAUCCGGAUCAGGAGAUGCGGCGUGUGCAGUUUCUCGCCGAGCGGAUACCUGCUGGCGGCGGCCGACGGAAACCUCCUGGUCAUCACUUCCAACGUCUCCCUCAGGAAGAUCUUCACGCUGAAGGGGCACUCGGCGAAGGUGACUGGCAUAGGCUGGUACCCAGACAGUUCAGCAGCCAUGACCUGUGCAGCGGAUGGCACUGUGGUUGGCUGGGACGCAAACAAAGGACAGUCUAUCUGGGAGGUGUCUUCCCUCACAUCCUCAAACUACCUGACGUGGACUCUCUCCCUCGACGGCAAACCCACGGUGGUCGUAGGUCACGGGUCCUCCUUCACCGAAAUCACAGGUGGUCAGGUCAGCUUCUCGAACCUGGUUUUGUUAUUCAGCAUAUUCUUGUUCGAAUAUGUUAUUCAGAUGGUCCAAGACAUCACUUAUGAACCAGGUGACCUAACCUGCGCCGGCCUUUCCCCUGUAAAGACUCUCGUGACCCUGGGAUCUACAUCAGGUCAGCUGGUGGUCAAUAAAUACCCUCUGCACAUGGCACAGAAAUUCACGGCAUUUCCGGCACACAGUGGCUCUUUGAACAAGGUGCUGGUGACGGGCGACGAGAGCAAGGUGGUGACGUGUGGCGCGGACGGCGUGAUCCUGGUGUGGCGGGUGGCGGCCUUGGAGGAGGACUCCCCGGGGUACCUGGCGGCGAGAGAGAGGCUGGAGGACCUGCCUCGCGUCCCGGAGAUGCUGGUGACCCGGACUGACCUUCAGAUUAAGAAAACGCGCCACCACCUGGAGGAGCUGGAGCGUCGCGUGUCCUACCUGUCGAGGGACAAGGAGGUCCACCUGGGCCUUCAGCAGCAGGAGUUCGCCGCGAGCAGGGAUGCCUUGUGCCCAUACCACCUCGUCACCUCACCGUACAGGGAUGCCUUGGUGGCCCGAUACCAGACCAUCGUCGACCAAAUGAACGACACGAUACAGACCCUGGAGAAGGAGCGCGAGCAGCUCAAGGACGGCCACAAGGACUCCUUGGCCAAACUCGCCGAGGAGCACAGCAAUGUCAUGGCAGACCACCAGCAGGAGUUGAGGAAGAAGCUCCUCUACGAGUAUUCGAAGCAGGACAAACUCGAAGCCAAGUUGAAAGAGAUGCAACAGACGCUCGACAGACAAGUCGAGGAAGCAGAGAAGAGGACCCGCCUGGAGCUACAGGAGAGGCUGGACCAACAAGAAGGGGUCGUUGAACAGCUCAAGAUGGAUCUCGAGAAGACAACGGCGGAGCUUGAACGCGAAAGGAGCGAAGGGGCGGAGAUCGUGCGUCUGGUGGAGGCCGCGACGGAGGCCGAACUAGGUCAGGUAAGGUCGAGUCUGCACGCCCAGCUGGCGGAGGAGCACCAGAACGUCAUCAGACUGCGCAGUGAGAUGGCAGCCAUGAGGAAGAACUUCGUCACAGUGCAGAGGGAACGAGAGCAGAAGGAGGAGGACCUGAGGGCGCUGACGGACGACAAGGCGAAGCUACAGUCGUCCAUUCGAGGUCUUGAGCGCGAGCUGGCUGCCCUCAGGCGCGAGGUCAACCACAGGGACGACAUCAUACACGACAGGGAGAGCAAAAUCACCAACACGAGGGAGAGAAUCGGGGAGCUCGAGAAACAGAGGUUCCUCCUCGACCAUCAACUCGGCCAACUCAAGGAGGAGCUCGAGCCACUGCAGGCGGCGCUCGAUCAGAGGUCCCAGCAGAUCAAGCAGGCCGAUUCAAUGGGCGAGGAAGCGGUGCCGGAACUGCUGCGCCAGAGGGAAAUGCUGGAGCGGUCUGUGGCGACUCUCCGUGCACAGGCGCAGAAACAGGCGCGGGCCAGCAAGGACCGGAUCACCACACUCGUUAAGGAGAACAGCGACCUCCUGUCCUCCGUGAAGACGCUGGAAUCCCGAAGCUGGCGGCUCGAGGAGGACCUCCGUCAGGCUGAGAGCAUGGCAGGGCUGCGGGACCCUCGGUCAGGGCGUCGCAAGGCCUCGAGAGAUCUUUUAGUGCAGACGGUAACUCGCCAGGCAGACACCAUCGCUCGCCUGCAGGACCAGAUUAGGACGCUGCAAGAGAAUCAACGGAAGGGAGAGGGAGGCGACGAAGACGACCAGACAGGCGACGCGAAACCUAAGCCAGUGGAGUCAGAAGACGUCGAUGGCGCCAAGCAGUCUAUCGUGCCACAAGAGGAACCGGCGGCGGUGCCAGCUGCAACGGCGUAG